AGAGAGAGAGAGAGAGAGAGAGAGAGAGAGAGAGAGAUUGUGAAAACCAAGGGAAGGGAAAGACUUGACUUGUUGAAGAUUCCGCUGUGCACUUUUACACGGGCUGCGACAGACAUGAACAAUCGAUCUAUAGCAUGGUGGUUGAGACAGAUUGGCCUGCCCCAGUACACCAAGAGCCUGGAGGGAGUGUAUUAUGGUCUGGAGGGUUUAUUGAAUGUAACUGAUAAAGAUCUAAAAGAUGCAGGGGUGGAUGUUGCCGAUCAUAGAGCCACCAUACUCGCCCAGCUAGGCAGACACCAACAGAGACUGCAGCCUACCACAGAUGUGUACGCAACGGUGCAGCGUAGGGUGAGCCGUAAGCACUCGCUAGGCUCCUCGCUGGACCUCAGCCGGCCGCGCAACGACCUCUUCCGCCAGAGCAUCGUGCCCCGCCUCCGUCGCCGCGGCGAUAACAGCGCCCGCCUCUCCUCGUCCUGCUCUCAGCUCCGUCCGCUAGAGGAGCCCAAUCCUGACCUUCAACCUCCCUUUGAGGAGCCUACCACACAGAAGCAGAAGCAGAGCAAGCGGAAGAGUGUUGCCGCUUUCCUAAGCCAGGUGUUUGGUGGACGUAAAGACAUGGAGUCCUUGAAGAAGGAGCUGGAGGAGGAGCUGAAGCUGAACACAGACGACAUACGUAGCCAUGCCUGGUACCACGGGGAGAUAAACAGAGAGGAUGCAGAGACGUUGCUGGAGCGGGAUGGGGACUUCCUGAUACGCAACUCACACUCCAGUCCCGAUGACUACGUGCUCAGCUGUCAUUGGAAGGACGGGCCGAUGCACUUCAAGAUCAUCCGCGUGGUGUUACGCCCCAAGAAGGGCUACACGCGGGAGCUUUUCCAGUUUGAGGAUGAUCAGUUUGACAAUAUUCCGGCGCUGGUUCGUUUCCAUGUGGGCGGCCGUCUGCCCAUCUCACACGCAUCUGGCGCCGUCAUCUUCCACCCAAUCACGCGCACCCUGCCCUUACGGGUCAUCAGAGAGCGCCAGGCGGCCAAGGCGCCUCGGGACCACAGCAAGAGGCGGAGCCUAAGCUCUACGCACAUGGACAUGCUGCAGGUCCCCAACAACAACCUGCUCAGGAGCGGGAGUCAGCCGGCAAACCUGGAGAAUGUGGGCAGGCCAUCCUUACAGUCAGCUCAGUCUGACAGCAACCUGCGCACAGGAGUUCCACCCAUCAACCAAUCAACCACCUGCAGCCCCGCCCCCAUCUCGCCAGUGUUCCGCACAGGCAGCGAGCCCCUCCUGAGUCCGCGUUCGGUCAAGCGCCCCGGCCAAUCCCCUUCCUCUUCCAACCCCACUUCCUCCUUUGGCCCCUCCCCUUCCCCCGAAGGCGCCACGCUCCGCGGCUCCGACGGGCAGCUGCACUCCCGGGCCCCGCCCAAACCGCUGCGUGUCUCCGCCCUCUUCCCCUCUUCCCCUAACGCCACGCCCUCUCCCUCGGCGCUGGCCGCUGCCAUGGCGAUGGCGUCGCCGCCGAGGCCGCGGCCCGACCCCUCGUGCUUCUACGACGUGCUGGUGCCGCAGAUCCCGCCGGCCAUGCUGCCGCGCGGCCACGCCGCCCGCCUCCGCGCCGAGGAGAAGUGGCAGAGCCGCGCCCGGCUCACCGAGACCAGCUUCGGCUUCCUGGAGACGCCGCCGCCGCCGCUGCUGCUGCUCCCCCUGCGGCAGGAAGGGGACGUGGACACACAGGAAGUGAUGUCGGCGGCGGCGGCAUCGGCGGAGGAAGAGCAAGUGGCGUUUGUGAGGCCGCGGGAGGAGACGGAGUCCAGCUUCCGGCUGGAGAGGUUCGAGUCGCUGCUGCUGCCGGAGGGGAACAAGCCGCUGGAGCAGGCUGUGCUGAUGCAGCUCAAAGAGCUGUUCUCACGCGUGCCUGCACGCACCACCGCCCUGCACAUGCUCAGUGUGGACUGCCAGAUUGCCCGUAUCACCGGGGUGACGUUGGAGCAGAGGAGGAUGAUGGGAGUGAACUCUGGUUUGGAGCUCAUCACGCUACCACACGGCAGCCAGCUCAGACAAGACCUGCUGGAGAGGCACCACCUCAUCUCUCUGGGCAUCGCGGUGGACCUGCUGGGCUGCACAGGCACGGUGGGGCAGCGGGCGACCGUCCUGCACAAGAUCAUCCAGCUGGCCGAGGAGCUGAAGACCGGCGCCAGGGACCUCUACGCCUUCUCCGCCAUCAUGGCCGGGCUGGAGAUGCCACAGGUCACGCGAUUAGAGAUGACAUGGAGAGCUCUGAGGAGGAACCACACAGACAGUGCUGUGCUUUUUGAGAAGACACACAAACCUUUCAUGAAGGCUCUCAACGAGGGCGAUGACUCGGUGGUGUCGAGUCCCGUGGCCGUGCCCCACAUCGUGCCCCUUCUGCUUCUGAUGGAGGGGGAGGAGCCAGUGGAACACUCGGACCCAGAGAAAGGCUGCAGCCUGCUCUACAGCCUCCUCCAGGCCGCACGCUCCACCGCAGUGCACGCCGCAGAGCACCAGCAACACGCACACAGCCUGCUGUCAGCCGGCUGGGAACCAAUCCCGGAGCUCCUGGAGGCAUUCCGGACGGAGUUUGCGCUGCGCCUGUUCUGGGGUCAGGCGGGAGCCGAGGCGGAGCGCCAGCAGCGCUACGAGAAGUUCGACAAGAUCCUCACCGUCCUCUCUAGCAAGCUGGAACCACUCGAGGUGCCCACCGACACCCUGUGAACUUUGACCCUUUUU